CACACUCAAACCUGGGGGCGCCUUCUGCAUGUGUGUGUGUCGCUAAUUACAUUUAUUUUGUAAACUUAAUUUCCAAGUCGCCAAAAGGGGGUUGAAGUGGGGGCGGCGCGCGAGCGAUAUAUGUAUGUAGUUCCAGUAUCUUUCCUACGCCGUGUGGUCGCCAUGUUAGUUGCUCUGAUAAGUCGCCAGAGAUCCGGGGUUAUCUGAUAUUGCUGUGGGUGCGACACGGAUUCGGUGCUGAUAUAGGGGGGUACUGAAAUUGUAGUGGUAUCCAACCAUGUCAAAGCCAGCUCUGUAUUAUGCCACCUUAAGUCCCCCAUCGCGCGCCGUCCUCCUGACGGCCAAGGCGAUCGGGCUCGACCUUGAACUACGGCCAAUUAACCUGCUGAAGGGAGAGCAUCUGACUCCGGAAUUCCUGAAGCUGAACCCCCAGCACACCAUCCCAACCCUGAUCGACGGCGAGGCCACUAUCAUUGACUCGCAUGCCAUCUGCGCCUACCUGGUGGAGAAGUACGGCCAGAAGGAGCAGCAGCUCUACCCGAAGGACUUGGUGCAGCGCGCCAACGUGGAUGCCCGGCUCCACCUGGACUCCGGCCACCUCUUCGCGCGUCUGCGCUUCCUCUACGAGCCCAUCCUGUAUUAUGGAUCCACGGACUGCUCCAUCGACAAGAUCGCAUACAUCCAGAAGUGCUGGGAGAUCCUAGAGGGAUUCCUCAAGGAUCAGCCGUAUUUGUGUGGUUCUGAUCUGACCAUCGCAGACUUUUGCGCCGUGGCCACCGUAACCUCGGCGAACGACGCCGCUCCCAUCGAUGAAUUUAAGUUUCCCAAGAUGCACGCCUGGCUGAAGCGUCUGGCAGAGCUACCCUACUACCAGGAGGUGAACGGCGACGGCGCUGACGAGCUUAAGAGCAUCUUCAAGGCCAAGCUGGCAGAGAACCGUGGCAAGUAGGCGGCGGCUCCAUCAUGUUUUGUUUUGUAUCCACACAUUCUAUAUGCAUAUCCACUCUUGAAUAAACGGAUUAGCUCAAAGUAAGA